UUCAUAAGAAGUCUUCAAAUCUCAGAAAGAUACACAUGUAAAUAAGAGCUGUCUGUUUGAAUUUUUCUUGACGGGAAAUACAUGUAGGGGUUGCAAUUCUACUGGCACUCAAUAGAUUGUCCUUCCGUGUGAUUGUAUCCAGAGGACGGAUUGCGACAGGUUUGGAUUACCAAUUAUAAACCAUCAAAGUGGCGCCCGUCGGAAUAGACCCCAUGGACAUGGAUGGGGACUCCAGUGAUGAGGUGACAUCUGAAGCCCUCAAUGGAGAAACCAAGCCUGAUGUCGCCAAACUUGCACAGUCCGCCAUUAUUAAGCAAGAUGUUAUGCUCUCAGCAACCAGUACACAGUCGCCAUUGGCAACUGUUUCAUCAGUUUUCACCAUGCCAACCAUUUCAAUGCCUACAGUAUCCAUGGCAACCAGUGCCCUUGGAGGGUUAACAGAUCACUUAUUUAUGUCCCAUCUUCCAUCAGCAACAGACUCACCAUCCCAUGGUGAUGGCAAAUCAGAUAAUGGUGCAAUUACAUCAAUGUCUAGUCCUUCUCACUUGUUUGGUCAGCCACAGGUGGCAGCACCACAGUUUUUCCUUACAGGUCAGUCUGUUCAAGGACAAGGUCUUCAGCAGCUGCUGAUACCAGUUUCUACUGGCAAUGGCCAACAACAAUUUAUUAGUAUUCCUGUUUCCUUGGCAACAGGUGGUAACCAGCAGAUACAGUUAUUGACAACAUCCAAUGGUCAGAUAAUAGCAACAAAUUUAGCCAACAUACCAGGCUUAACACAACCAUUAAACCUCAACAUCAAUUCCAAUAGCAGCAGUCAGUCAUCCAAUUCAUUACAUAAUCAUUUGAGUGCUGGAUUAGCCAGUCAGCUUAGUAACCUUCCUUCACUGCUGUCAGCUAAUGCUCAAAGUCAGAUACUUGCUUUAGGGCAGCAGGUAUUAAAUCCAUUGACAUUGACACCUACAGUCACUUCAUCGUCCUCACAUUCAUCAAUGAACGGUCAGUCACGACAGACGUCAUCUCCGACAACACCAAAGAGAUUAUCUUUAGUAUCACAAAGUCCCACAUCAACAUCUACCAUUGAUGGUUUACCACCGAGUGUCAGUCAACUACUUCCACAUACUGUAGGUAACUCUACUGAGAGUACAACAGUAGAUGGUAUUAACCUUGAUGAAAUUAAAGAAUUUGCCAAACAAUUUAAAAUCCGAAGGUUAUCGUUAGGAUUAACGCAGACACAAGUUGGUCAGGCAUUGAGUGCUACAGAAGGACCUGCAUACAGUCAGUCAGCCAUUUGCAGAUUUGAAAAAUUAGACAUUACACCAAAAAGUGCACAGAAAAUAAAACCUGUUUUAGAGAGGUGGAUGAUGGAAGCUGAGGAACGAUAUAGAAACGGUGUCAAUAAUUUAACAGAUUUUAUAGGUAGUGAACCAUCAAAGAAACGCAAACGACGGACAUCCUUUACACCAGCUGCGUUAGAAGUAUUAAAUAAUUUCUUUGAAAUAAACACACAUCCAUCAGGUGCUGAGAUGACUGAGCUGUCAGAAAAACUUAACUAUGAUCGAGAAGUGAUUCGUGUCUGGUUCUGUAACAAAAGACAAGCUUUAAAAAAUACAAUAAAGAAAUUAAAACAAGAAACACCUUGAUAAUUGUCUCAAUUCUGUGGUCACAGGGUACUUAGAAAUACACGUAAUAAGCUGUUACGUGUUAACAGUCAAAAUAUAGUCAUAGAAUGCAAGUCUUCUACAACAACCAGUGUAUAGUUAAAUUUUAUUAACUUCUAAUAAUAUCAGUUGUAGUUUUAAAAGCAUCCUUGAUAAAUUGAGGUUCAGUAGUAUACAUUGCUUUACUGGUAUAAUUGUAUUGCCCACAGAGAUAGCAGAUGAAGCGAGACUUGUGGAGUGCUGUUUCCAGUAUUGACGACAUCAAUAGUUGUUAAACUUUAUAAUUAAGUAACACAGGUGAGACAUAUCUCUGUGAUAACAGUUGUUUUUAUGGACUAUGAAUCUUAUUUCACUGAUUUUUCUUAAUGAACAAAAGUCAUCAUUGACAGUUUACUUUUCUUAAUUGUUGGUUUAUAGAAAAAAUACAAGAUUUUAUUUAACUUCACAACAUUAUUAAUUUUCCUCAAACUCCAAAGGAAAAUUCUUUCUGUCAAAGAAAUGUAUUUUACUAUUUACAAUAGCCACCUUUUCGAACUGUGAUCCUACAAUAAAAAAUUAACAUAAUUAAUAUCUAAUAGUAUUGAAUUCAAAUUUUGAUCUGCUGAUUGCCACAUCAUUUUCGAAAUUCCUUAAACGGUGAUUAAUCUUGUAUUAUCUUUCAUGAAGGUUUUAUAAAUGUAGUAACCAUAAAUAUGGGACAGAGGCCAACAACAAAUUGUGCAAUAUCUAGGGCAUGUAUUAAUAGCAUUUAUUUUUGAGUUAUAUUCAAAUUAUAAGUGUAUUUGUAUAGAUAAACAAGAUGAGGUAUGUUUUUUUAAUUUAUUGUGUUCAGUUCUUAUGGAGCAGCUAUUAGAAUGUUACAAUGUGUAAACAUUAUCCUAUAAGGACAACAAUGUCAUCAACACAAUUACAAUGUUUUUACUUAGUGUAUAAAUGUGUUAUAUUAAUGGUACUUUAAAAUAGUCCCAGACUAAUAUCAAUGCCAAAUAUUAUAGAAAAAUUUACAUGGUAAGAAUUGUCUUGCUGUGGUUAAGUUUAUAGGUUGUCACAGAAAAGGUUGUCUAUGAGUAUUUCAAGUUAAAAUGUAUACUUCUUAUAUGUUCACACUUAAUAUUUUGAUUAUCAAAAUUUUUAUUGAAGUGACUAAUGAAAAUGUUAAUAUUGUUUUUCUUAGUUGAUUAAAUUUGUUUUAUCAAUUUCAAGACCAGAGUGCUUACCCAAAUUAUAUCUGUGGAAACAAAACUCUAUAUGGAACUAUUUUAAAUGACGAUUUAAGACCAUUUAGUAAUUAUAAAAUGUAUAGGUUAAUUAAUGAGUAUACCACAAUACCAUAGGCACCAUCUACUUAUAUAUUGAUUUUGAUAUGUAAUUUGAGUUAUUUCCCUUGGUCAGAUUUUCCUAUUUAGCUAACCAAAUUAAAACAUGUGGCACAAACAAGUCUGAUCCUUACUGGAUUGUAGUGAUGAAUCGAGUAAUGCUAAAAGAAAUUGUUCAGAAAACAACUUUUUCUGAGGUCAAGCGGUCAGUAUAACUAGUUGAAUUUGGCAGAUUUAUGAAGGAAUUUCUGAAAUUGUGUCAAUCAGAGCCUAUCUAUAGAUUACCAAAACAAAUAUUGUACAGCUACCAGUUUAGAGUUCAGCUGGAAAAAAAAGAAAAAAAUGUGUAAACUGAUCCAUGGUGUUGUGUGUUUGUUAUCAGUAGAAAACAAAAGAAGUUGGAAUUUUUCCAUUCUUUAUUAAAAUGAUUGAAUUUGUCAUUAUUUUGUGUUAUCUAAAUUAAGACCUAUUUGUGAUAUUGGGUCUCAGAAUUUGCAAAACGAAUUCCAUCAAUAAGUUUGACAAUAUUAGAACAUUGCCUGCAGAGAUUUUAUCGUUGUUAUUGUUGUUAGUGUUUAUAUACAUUUUAUAGUAUGAUAUUGUUAGAACUUUUUUAUUAUUUAUUAUUUUGGUCAGAAUUUGUUAUAAGCUUAUACAUUUUAUAUAUAAACUAUUUCAUUAUCAUAAUUUUUUUGUGCAAUAUAAAAAUAGCAUUACUACAUAAUCGUCCUUGUUAAAAAAUUAAAUCAAAGAAUUAUCAUAAAACCCAUAGAAUAAUUUAUUGAAACUUGAUCAUGUACUUAACAUGGGACAAGAUAUUGCAAAACAUGAGUAAAUACAUAACAUUUCUUUCAUAUCACAUUAGGGAAAUAAAAUAAUUUGUCAUUGUUUGAAAUUUCAUCUGGAAAAACAUUAUAACUUAUUCUUGCGCUAAUAUUUUCUGUUGGAUUUUUUAUUGUUAGAUAAAGAUUAAUGUUGCGGGUAUACUUUAUAGGAUUUUGUAUCUUUUUUUUCAGAUACUGUACAAAUUAUCAAAAUUUGAAAUGGGUCACAAUGUAAGGUUUUGUGCUGGAAUUAAUUGUCAAUCACAUUUUCAGGAUUCAAUAUCAUUUUUGCAAAUGAUUGCAGAAAUUUUGUGUUAUUGAAGUACAUAAACAAUUUUGGAUAUGAAAACUUUAAAAGUACUGAUACAAUCAGUUACUCCUAUUUGUUGUUAGUGUAUUUAUAGACUUAAUUGAAGUCAUGUUACAAGCAAAAUUUUACUUACUUGUAUAUUUACUACAUAACUUGAAUAAAAUUGUAAUUCUCAUUCAGCUUAAAAGGCAGUAUAAAGUUGUAUUUUAUUAUUUGUUUUAAAUGAGUGUAUUAUUGUACUGUAUAGAAUUCAGUGUAUAUAUCCAUUUUACUAUUUAUUUAAAUCCAUUUUAAUUGUGCAAUUUCUCGCAUUAAAUUAGAAAAUUGCAAUUUUAAUGUAGCUUUUGAUUUGUUAUGAACACUUUUUUAUUUUAAAUAUUUUUAUAUAGUAUAUGUGAACAGAAAAUCCAUUCUUCCAAUUUUGUGUUACGCCUGACAUUUCUUCCUUCAUUUUCUUUAUUUUUAUCAUUCCACUAUUUUUUCCAACAUGAACAAGAUUUUUUUUAUCAAUUAUAGAUUCUGAAACUCUAUACUUAAAUAAUACCAGAAAUAUCAAGGUCAAAAUAUUGUGUAAGAAAAGUCCUUUUGUAAAGAUUUCUAUAACAUAAACAGAAAUGAAAGUAUUAUAAGCUUCAUCAAAUUAUAUAACUACAUUCUAUUCUAUUAUAAUUUAGUAUUCUGCCAUAUGGAAUUUAAGAUUGGCAUUUUGUAAACAAUUUUUUUAGACCUCUAUACAGUACGUUUGGGCAGAAAAUUGUUACAAUAAUAAAAUUUCCUGAUUAGGUACUGUAUUUGAUUGCAGAAAGUUGAACUAAUUAAUAAGAAAUACAACAUUUAAAGUGUCUCAUUUUACCUAUGGGUGAAGAUUUCACUAUAAAAGUAGUUCAUUUAAAUAAGGAAUUCAGUACUAACUAAACAAACUGAUAGAUUUGUCUAUUCAAACUGAAACUUUUGUAUCACCAGUGUUUUUUUUUUUUUUUUUUUUUAAAUAUUUGCAUUUUUAUGAAGAGUAUAUGAAUUAUAACGGGUAUAUUUUAUACUGAUAAGUAGGGGAGGGGGGGAUAUCCGAAAUCCAUUAGAUAAAUGUGUUAAGUAUUACUAUGGAAGAUAGAUCUGUGUGGAAGUCUAGUCAGUUUUUAGUUUUCAGCUUUUUGAAUAUGUGGUGCUAAACGUUGUCAGUGCUUUUCAUUGUUAAUGUCUUGUAAUGAUGUUUAAACCAUCUCAUUAAUAAAUGUAAAAAUAGA